AUGUGUACAAUAAUGGAUCAACCAUUGAGUGAUAAAAAGAAAAAAGAAAUCCAAUUGAAAAAUAAAUUGAAGAAUGUCUCUGCUUCUGCUUCUGCUUCCACCUCUGUCUCUGAAGAAGAAAGAUUACAUCUUUUAAAUCAAAUGGAACCUUUACAACCACAUAUAUCUCAUCACAUUGACUAUCAAUAUGAAGAGCCCUCCACUUGGAGGAAAUUGACUUUUGAUUUCAUUAUCUGGUUACUAUCAAAUAUCUUCGACUGUUUCUUCAGAGAAAUCAGAACCCGUGGUGCAUUCAAGAUCCCAAACGAUGGAGGCCCUGUCAUCUUCGUGGCCGCCCCUCAUGCCAACCAAUUCGUGGACCCCGUCAUCCUAAUGGACCAAGUCAGAAAAAACUUAAAUAGAAGAGUCUCCUUUCUAAUCGCUGAAUCUUCUCUGAAAAUCACCGGAAUCGGCUUCCUCGCUAGGUGUCUUCUCGCUAUCGGUGUCGUUAGACCCCAGGAUAAUUUGAAAUUCAUCGAGGGUAAAAUUAAGAUCGAUCCAGAGAAUCCAAAAAGAAUUAUCGGUAUCGGAACACAUUUCACUCGUGACUGUGAGGAGAAAGGGCUGAUUGGGUUGCCUAAAUCCUUGGGCACCGCAGUGGUUGAGUCCAUUGAAAGCGACUCCUCUUUGAUCAUCAGAAAAGAAUUCAAAUGCCAUAAACAGGAGGCUAGGUCCCUCCUACAAAACGGUACUAACUUCAAAUAUGCACACAAAGUGGAUCAUUCAUUAGUCUAUUGUAAAGUCUUCGAACAUCUGGCUCACAACGGUUGUCUAGGUAUCUUCCCUGAAGGCGGGUCUCAUGACAGAACAGAUCUAUUACCUUUGAAGGCAGGUGUCGCCAUCAUGGCAUUGGGCUGCAUGGACAAAUACCCGGACGUUAAUGUCAAGAUUGUCCCCUGCGGCAUGAACUAUUUCCAUCCUCACAGGUUCAGGUCCAGAGCCGUGGUAGAGUUUGGUGAACCUAUAGAAAUUUCUAAAGAGUUGGUCCACAAAUAUCAUAACCCAGACACUAAUAAAGAAGCAGUCAAAGAACUGUUGGAUACAAUCACAAAGGGCUUGAAAUCUGUCACUGUCACCUGUCCUGACUACGAAACAUUAAUGGUCGUACAGGCAAUAAGACGUCUUUAUUCCUCCCAAUUCUCUGGAACUAUCCCAUUGCCAAUGAUCAUGGAAAUGAACAGAAGAAUUGUCAACGGUUACCAGUUGUAUAAAGACGAACCAGAGAUGAAAGAGUUGACAAGAGACAUAUUAAAAUAUAAUGCUCAUCUGAGACACUACAAUCUACCGGACCAUCUUGUGGAGACCGCUAAAGUGAAUUUCUGCAAAAAUUUGACUCUUUUGAUCUUCAGGUUAUUCAGAAUUACAAUCUCAUUGAUCCUUGCAUUACCUGGUCUAAUCAUGUUUUCUCCAGUCUUCCUUCUCUCGAGCAAGAUAUCCAAUGACAAGAGAAAGAAGGCAUUGGCUAACUCUACAGUCAAGAUAAAAGCAAAUGAUGUUAUUGCCACUUGGAAGAUUUUGAUCGCAAUGGGGUUUGCUCCUCUGUUGUAUAUUCUAUGGUCUGUAUUGAUCACUUUUUACUUCAGAAAAUACAACAUGAGUAAAAACUUGAUCUUUACCCUAUCUUACUUUGGUUGUGUCAUAGUCACCUACAGUGCUUUGAUUGUGGGCGACAUCGGUAUGGAUAUCUUAAAAUCAAUUAAGCCCUUGUAUACAUCAAUUGUAUCGCCAAAUGGUUUCAAAGAAUUGCAAAGGGAGAGACGUGCGUUGACCAUGAAAAUUGUCAACAUGGUGAACCAGGGAGAAACUGGAUUCUUCCCAGGUUUCAAUGGAGAUGAGCAUUCAUUGAAUAAAGAGAUUGAAGAUGAAAUGAAUGAAAUAAGUGAGAACGAGGAAGAACAAAGGACUAAUGAGUUGAAGAGAAGGCACCUUUUAAGGAAAAGAAGAGUUAGGCAACAACAACAACAACAGCAGCAGCAGCAGCAACAAGGGCAGGAGAACCCAGGAAGAGAAGCAGACAAGGAGUCCUAUAUUGAAUCUGAUGGUGUGUCUCUAGUAAAUAGCGACAAUUCUCUCUCAAAUAUUCCAUUGUUUUCAUCAGUUCCAAGAUAUAGAGCAGACAGUAACAGUAGUGGUUCAUAUAUGAUGGAUGAACAGAAUCAUAUGGCUUCAUCAUCAUUAUCUUCUUCCUCAUUAGAAUUCGAAUUAGAUAUGGAGAAAUCAAAUGUUGGUGAUGAUUUGAGUUCACGUAUCGCACAAGCUGUUUUAAAGAAACGUAGUGUAAGUGAAAAUGAUAAUGAUAAUGAGCAAUAA